CAGAUCAGACGGAUUGAAUUGUAACCACUUCAUCACCGUUCGCCGCCAACGAUCGUCGUCUUUAACACAUCUCAGGUGACUACUUCUUUCCUCUCUAUAUAUAUAUCAUUCACAAUCACAUACCACUUCUUUGCAUAUACAAUUAUCAUAUCUGAAUCAUCAUGGUUUUCAUUAAACUAUUAAAUCAACAAACCCUAACCCUAAAUCUAAACCCCAAUUCAACUUCUCUCCAAACCCUAACUCAAUCAAUUGAAUCCAAAACAACUCUCCCCCCUCAUCUCCAACGCAUCUUCCUCUCGUCUCGUCGAUUAUUUCUCACCGAGUCAUCCUCAAUUGACUCACUCUCUUCACUCGGUGUUAAACACGACUCGGUUUUGGUUUUACACGUGCCUUUAUUGGGUGGUAUGCAAGCUCCUGUUACUAAUGCACCGAAGGCUAGGUUAGAGCUUCUUAAUGCUAAGCCUCCGGCUAAUUAUGUUGCGGGGUUGGGUCGUGGUGCGACGGGGUUUACUACUAGGUCGGAUAUUGGGCCGGCUCGCGCUGCGCCUGAUUUGCCGGCUGGGGGUGUCGGGGGACCUGUUGUUGGGCCUGUUGGGGUUGGCAGGGGGAGAGGGAAAGGGGGUGAGGAGGAGGAAGAAGGGGAGGAGGAGGAGAAGGGGUAUGAUGAGAAUCAGAAGUUUGAUGAGUUCGAGGGGAAUGAUGUCGGGUUGUUUGCGUCUGCUGAGUAUGAUGAGGAUGACAAGGAGGCGGAUGCUGUUUGGGAGGAGAUUGAUAAUAAGAUGGAUUUGAGGAGGAAGGAUAGGAGGGAGGCGAGGUUGAAGCAGGAGAUUGAGAAGUAUAGGGCGUCUAAUCCGAAGAUUACGGAGCAGUUUGCGGAUUUGAAGAGGAAGUUGCAUGGUUUGUCGACGGAGGAGUGGGAUAGUAUUCCGGAGAUUGGGGAUUAUUCGUUGAGAAAUAAGAAGAAGAGGUUCGAGAGUUUUGUGCCGGUUCCGGAUACGUUGCUUGAGAAGGCGAGGCAGGAGAAGGAGCAUGUGACUGCAUUGGAUCCGAAGAGUAGAGCGGCCGGGGGGACGGAGACACCGUGGGCGCAAACGACGGAUUUGACUGCUGUUGGUGAGGGGAGAGAGACGGUGCUUUCAUUGAAGUUGGACAAGUUGUCAGAUUCUGUUUCGGGUUUGACGGUUGUUGAUCCUAAGGGUUACUUAACAGAUUUGAAGAGUAUGAAGAUUACUAGUGAUGCGGAGAUUUCUGAUAUUAAGAAGGCUAGACUGUUGCUUAAGUCAGUUAUUCAAACGAAUCCAAAGCAUCCUCCUGGUUGGAUUGCGGCUGCACGGUUGGAAGAGGUUGCUGGUAAGAUUGUGGUGGCUAGGCAAUUGAUGAGCAAAGGUUGUGAGGAGUGUCCCAAGAGUGAGGAUGUUUGGUUGGAGGCGUGUCGGUUGUCGAAUCCAGUUGAAGCCAAGGCUGUGAUAGCAAAGGGGGUCAAGGCAAUUCCUAAUUCAGUGAAGUUGUGGAUGCAGGCAGCGAAAUUGGAGCAGGAUGAGGAGAGUAAAAGUAGGGUUUUGAGGAAAGGGCUGGAACAAAUUCCUGAUUCUGUGAGGCUCUGGAAGGCCGUUGUGGAACUUGCAAGUGAGGAGAAUGCUAGGGUUUUGCUACAUAGGGCUGUGGAAUGCUGUCCGUUGCAUGUGGAAUUGUGGCUUGCUCUUGCCAGGUUGGAAACAUAUGAUAGUGCUAAGAAGGUUCUGAACAAAGCUAGGGAGAAGCUUCCUAAGGAGCCAGCUAUCUGGAUCACUGCUGCUAAGCUGGAAGAAGCGAAUGGUAACACGGGUAUGGUUGGGAAGAUUAUAGAAAGGGGUAUUAGGGCUUUGCAGAGAGAAGGACUGGGGAUUGACAGGGAAGCAUGGAUGAAGGAGGCUGAGGCUGCUGAACGAGCAGGUUCUGUGGUAACUUGUAACGCUAUAAUUAGUAAUACCAUUGGUAUCGGAGUAGAGGAGGAAGAUCGGAAAAGAACUUGGGUUGCUGAUGCUGAGGAAUGCAAGAAAAGGGGUUCAAUUGAGACGGCAAGAGCUAUAUAUGCACACGCCCUUACUGUCUUUUUAACUAAAAAGAGCAUCUGGAUCAAGGCUGCUCAGCUUGAAAAGAGUCAUGGGACCAGAGAAUCUCUUGAUGCACUGCUUCGUAAAUCAGUUACUUACAGGCCACAGGCUGAAGUUCUAUGGUUAAUGGGUGCAAAGGAGAAGUGGCUUGCUGGUGAUGUGCCUGCUGCUAGAUCUAUUCUUCGAGAGGCAUAUGCAGCAAUUCCGAAUUCUGAAGAGAUUUGGCUUGCUGCUUUUAAGCUGGAAUUUGAGAACUUGGAGUUCGAAAGAGCUAGAAUGCUUCUUGCUAAGGCUCGUGGUGAGACAAAAGUCACAGAACGUGUGUGGAUGAAAUCUGCCAUAGUCGAGAGGGAGUUGGGAAAUAUAUCUGAAGAGAGAAGGUUACUUGAUGAAGGGCUGAAAUACUUCCCCUCUUUUUUCAAACUGUGGUUAAUGCUUGGACAGUUAGAAGAGCGACUUAAUCGUUUGGAUCAAGCCAAGGAAGUCUACGAGUCAGGUUUAAAGAGAUGUCCAAAUUGUAUUCCACUUUGGCUUUCACUGGCAAACCUUGAAGAGAAAAUGAAUGGAUUGAGCAAAGCUAGGGCUGUUCUCACCAUGGCAAGAAAGAAGAAUCCUCAGAGCCCUGAACUCUGGCUCGCGGCUAUUCAAGCUGAAUCCAGGCAUGGCAAUAAGAAGGAAUCUGAGAUUCUUAUGGCUAAGGCUUUGCAGGAAUGUCCUAACAGUGGCAUUCUAUGGGCUGCUUCGAUUGAGAUGGUUCCACGUCCUCAACGAAAAACCAAGAGCUCAGAUGCUCUCAAGAAAUGUGACCAUGACCCGCAUGUUAUAGCUGCUGUAGCUAAGCUGUUUUGGCAUGACAGGAAGGUAGAGAAGGCUAGGACUUGGCUCAACAGGGCAGUGACGCUUGCACCAGAUAUUGGGGAUUUCUGGGCCUUGUAUUACAAAUUUGAAUUACAACACGGCAGCGAGGAAAACCAGAAGGAUGUUUUAAGAAGAUGCAUUGCUGCAGAACCAAAACAUGGGGAGAAGUGGCAAGCAAUAUCGAAGGUUGUAGAAAAUUCCCACCAGCCAACAGAAGUCAUACUAAAGAAAGUAGUAGUUGCACUUGGGAAGGAAAAGGGUUCUGAAGAUAACAAAGGCUAAUUCAUACAACUUUUGAAUCUUAGUUUGAUUUACUAUUGGUGAUCUAUAACCCUGUAUCGAUAUAUGUACUCCUUGAAACUUAAAUUCAUAAUGUCAUCUUUUAGAUAUUAUGUAGUAUUUUGCGAAAGGAGUUUCUUCUCAUUCUCUCCUUUUGUCUUGAGCAGCUUUACAUUUUCCUUGAACUAGUUGCCAUCAACAGAUUGUUCUUAUAUGUCAAUUGCAACAUCUUUAUAUGACUGCA